AGGAAUGCUCCUUUACACACCCCUCCUCCAGAACAUGACAAAAGUGUUGAAGACAAUUGUGUAAUGAUGCAACUCUUCAAUGAGUUCAACGCUUGCAAGAUCCAUGUACCAAUCCAUACCGGUAGCUGAUAACCACCAUUCCCACAAGUCGGUUGAAGUUCCUGAAGACUGCUGACUAUGGUACCCAGAAAGAAGAAAUCCCAGAGGAGGAACUGGAGGAGAUAGAGGCCCUGGAUGAGAUUGGCCAUGCUGAGAUGGAAUUGAGGAGAGGGCAGGUCCUCUGGUGUAGGGGCCUCAACCGAAUACAGACACAAAUCCGUGUGGUGAAUGCUUUCCGGGAAGCCAUGUCCCGUUAUGAAGGCUUGGAGACUCCAGAAUCACGAAGUUCCAUUCACAACUUCAUGACCCACCCAGAGUUCCACAUCGAAGACUCCGAGCUGGCCAUCCCCCUAAUUGAUGAACUGGACCCUGAGGAAGAUGGGCCAACAAAACGCACUUUUGUACCGUCGGCCAUUCCUUCUGGCAUAUCUUCACCUUCCCAGAACAAUAAUUCUGCCAACAGCAGAACACAUCACUACAAGGACUUAGCAAAAACCGCCAAGAGUCAAACCCCUGGUAGUCCCAUGCACAGUCUGGAGACGUCACUGUGAUUUCACUCAUGCUGACUAAAAUCACAUCUAUACCAACUAUGCUAUGACCAUGUCAACAAGGUCGGGUGAAUGUGAUUUCUCGGAGUAAGACAUUCCUGGAUCAAAAUCCCUGUGUUACUAAAAUUUCACUUAACCAAUAACUACCUGAUGUAAUAAUGGUGUGCCUUUUAGUCCUCACUUGAACAUUUUCCCCCAGAUAUAUUGCAACUCUGCAUUUUCAGUUUAGCAAUUUUCAUGACUCCAUAAUGAAGUUUGAAGCUGCACCACUUUCAUCAUGUUUUGGUUUGGUAGGUAUGUAGUCUGCUAAACUAGUGCAACUUGGCGGAACUAACCUCAACAAACUACUGAGUGCUUAUUUAGGUUUCAGUGGGUUUUAACAGAUUAACACUUUUGAUUGCAAGUGUACAGUACGUCUACAGUGCAGAGCUAGACAGUAACUUUCUUGUCUGGAAAUGAGAUCCAUGUGUCUGGAUGGCAUUUUCAAGCAAAUAGUCAGAGUGGGUGUGACUGUGAUUUUGAGUGAAAGAAAUUUUCUAAAAACAAGGCCAUGGUCAACCUAUUUGAAGAAAUCAUGUUCACAGAGGAGGCAACCAGGUAUUUUUGCAGUGAGAUGGAGACUUUCUGUCUAGGAUUAUUUAGUCUGAGAAUGUAGUUAAUCUUUUUAUUGGUUUGUAAAUGUUUUCU